UCAAACUGACAUUGAAAUGAACGUGUUUUUUUAGAGAAAGACGUUUUUUAGCGUAGAAAAUUUUUCUUAUCUAUUUCUAAUAAAGAGAUCACAAAACUCUAAAAAUGCAAAUAACAAAAUUUAUUUAACGCAUCUUUGUCAUCAAACAAAUUUAGCGGAUUGAAAAAAUAUUUCUAGACAAUUUCAUCAUCUUCGUUUGUAAAUUAAUUUUAUUCGAAAGAUUGUUCUCGAGAUUUGCAAAAUGUAUUUACUACUGUGCUAUGAAAGUGUCGCAAAUAAAUUCGAUGGUGUAAAUAAAAUUAUUUUAUAAAUACCAACUACCUUCAUUUGUAAUAGACUGGAUUGAAUAGUGUACAGGUUAUAAACUGGUAAAUUUAAAGUCAUUGAACGAAAAAACUUAAAAAUGUUUUGUUGGGGUAAUGCCACUCAUCAUGAAUUGUAUAUUGAAGGCCAUGAAACUAUUGACUUGGUAAGGUUUCGUUUCUAUCUACAUUCAGUCUUGAUUUUUUUUGUUUUUCAUGCUUAAUAUUCUAUUUUUUUUUUCUCUGAAAAGAAUCCUAUUUAAAUACUUCAUUACAAUUAUGAAUCAUUUAUUUCAUGCAGAUUAUAAAGCCUAUGUUAUCUAAGUGGAAAGAAAGCAAUCACAUUCGUGGAAUAGCAGCAGGUGAAUUUCAUACCCUUUAUUUAACAAAUCAAGGCAAUUUGUAUUCCUGUGGCAGCAAUGAAGUGGGCCAACUUGGAAGGAAUACAGACUCUAAAGAAGGAAAGAUUCCUGGUUUUGUGGAAAAAUUGAAGGAGUUUAAAAUAUCAGCAGUAGCAUGUGGCCUUCAGCAUUCAUUGGCCCUGAAUGAGUGGGGUCAACCUUACAGUUGGGGCUGCAAUAGUAUGGGACAAUUAGGACUUGACCCCAAAAAUGAUUCAAUCUCACACAAUGUCCCUAGUAUUGUCCGAACACUUGCCACAAAGAAUGUAGUCCAGAUUGCAUGUGGAUCGUACCACUCAGUAGCUUUGACAAACAGUGGUGAUUUGUACGCAUGGGGCGCCAAUAGCUAUGGUCAGUGUGGUUUAGGCACUAUGUCGAGUAAGGAAAUCGUUCCACAACAAAUCACAUCUUUACUUGGAGUGCCUAUUGCUUUAAUAGCAUGUGGCAGUAACCAUACAUUUGCCUUGUCUAAAUCUGGUGCUGUGUUUGGAUGGGGAAAAAAUACUCAUGGACAAUUAGGACUGCAACACAAAGAUAAUAGAUGUUAUCCAUCACAUCUCAAGUCACUGAGAGAUGUCAAAGUUUGUCACAUCACUUGUGGCGAAGACUUUACAGCAUUCCUUACUUUGGAUGGUGGUGUUUUUACCUGUGGUAAUGGCGAAUAUGGCCAGACUGGCCAUGGAACUACGAGGGAUGAACUGUUUCCUCGAAAGGUGAUGGAGUUAAUGGGCAGUACAGUUACCCAGGUGGCAAGUGGCCGUCGUCAUUUACUAUGUCGUGUUGGCGAUCGCAUUUUGGCUUGCGGCUACGGCGCUCGGGGGCAACUCGGCUGUCCGCACAUGACCUUCUCGCUAGUUCCUACACCGGUACCGUUCACUCCCAACGACGACUCGCCCCCCAAGAAGAAGCCGAAGUUCGAGAGCUCCGUCGCAUUUCGAUCCAACAGUGCUGGGGCUUCUAAUCGAAAUUUCACUACAGACGUAUUCAGCGGGCCAAUAAAGGUGUUUGCAGGUGGAGAUCACAGCUUUCUAAUUCUAAAUAGCGAUAAAGCGUCUACGGAUUUUCGUCUGCCAGAGCACACUAAGCAAAUUUUGACCAUGGAAAUUGCGAAAUUGACUUCUUGUCAAGUAUUCAAAGAUGACGAUGUAGUCAAUCAAGAUCUAAUGGCAUAUUUAGAGACGGUGUUCGGAUCUAUAGCGUGCGUGAACGGUUCAUUCCUGUUAGACAAUAACGGGCACUUUGGCUGCAACACUAAGACGCCGGGCGUAGACCUCAAAAAGGCUGAACAAGCGUUUUUGAUAGUCAGUCGAUACGAGAACACUUCUAUAAAGGAAUUGAUAUUCAGCCACCUAACGGAGAAUAUAAUAAAGAAAAUGAAAGUUUCUCCACCGGAUGCUGAGGCACUAAGAAUGUUUCUCGUAUUACCUUUGUAUCAUGAGAUGAGGAAUCCGCGACGGCAUCCUGAGUUGCAGGGUCCUUUCGCAGAGGCUUACAACAACUUAUCCACGCAUCCGCAGCGAAUAGUGAACCUAUGGUGGGAGGCCCAAUCUCCUGAUUAUUUCGAGAUGUUGGUUGACAUAUUUAAGAGCGUGGUCGUCUAUGAAUUGAGACAGCCUGCUGUCAAUGCUAAUAAGAAAAUAUAUUUUACACAUAGCAUAGUUCAAAUAUUGAAUACCCUUUCAUCACUAAAUAAAAUAAACUUCACGAAUCCUAAGAAACCUAAAAUUUCUGCGGAAUGUUUCUACAUAGAGGAUCUGUGUACACACGUCGAUAUAGCAACUGACUACAUAAACUGGCUCUCGGAUCAUAGUUCAACCCAACCCCACAUGUGCAAUUACCCAUUCCUAUUCGAUGUGCAAUGCAAAUCAUUAUUGCUCAAAAUAGAUCAACAAUUGCAAAUGCAAGUGGCUAUAAGUCGCGCAACUACGGAGAUAUUCACCCGUUUGUUUACGGAUCCGACAUACGGCUUUCAUCAGGGAAAUCAAUUCUUGAAUCUGACUGUCUCUAGGAACCACAUAGUUAGGGAUACAAUGUUGCAGAUCAGUAACCAUGAUACGUCACAUUUAAAAAAACCACUUCGAGUGGAAUUCGUUGGCGAAGAAGCAGAGGAUGCCGGCGGUGUCCGAAAAGAAUUCUUCAUGUUGCUUCUAAAGGAGAUCUUCGAUCCAGUGUACGGCAUGUUCAAACAGUCUGAGGAGACCAAUAUGAUAUGGUUCUCCAACAAUCCAUUUGAGGACGAUAUAAUGUAUUAUUUGAUCGGUGCUAUAUAUGGCCUGGCGAUAUACAACUCUAUUAUAAUCUACGUUCCGUUCCCACUGGUGUUAUAUAAGAAGAUUCUGGGUGAAUCGGUGAUGCUUGACGACUUAUCAGACCUCUACCCCACACUCGCGAACAGUUUAAAAAGUUUAUUGGAAUAUCCAGACGAUGAUGUAGAAGAGGUUUUUAGUUUAUGCUUCGCUGUGAACACAGAGGUGUUCGAUCAGAUCCAAGUCCAUCACCUAAAGGAAGACGGUGUUAAUGUGCCCGUCACUCACGAGAAUAAGGAAGAAUACGUCGACUUGUACGUCGAUUUCUUGCUCAACAAGUCUGUAGAAAAUCAAUUCAAAGCUUUUAACAAAGGCUUUCAGAAGGUGUGCGGUGGUAGAAUAAUAAAAUUAUUUAGAUCCCACGAACUGAUGUCUGUAGUUAUUGGCAAUGAGGAGUAUGAUUGGGAAUUGUUUGAAAAUAAUUGCGAAUAUAAAGACGGCUACUCUGCCAAUGAUCAAGAAAUCAGAUGGUUUUGGGAAGUUUUUCAUGAACUGACGUUGGAAGAUAAGAAAAAGUUCCUGCUAUUCCUCACUGGUAGUGAUCGAGUGCCUAUACAAGGAAUGAAGGAUAUCAAGAUAAGGAUUCAACCCGUCGCCGAUGACCGAUAUUUCCCCGUGGCUCAUACGUGUUUCAAUCUUCUAGACCUUCCUAGAUACAAGACCAAAGAACGUCUCAAAUACUAUCUGCUGCAAGCCAUACAACAAACACAAGGGUUUUCAUUAGUGUGAUCUUCGCCUCAUUUCCUAGGUAUAAUUAGUAAUCAGCUCGAUGGAGUUUUUUGUUAAAACUUUUGACUGUCUCAAAUCUAUUGCGUGACAUAAUAAUAUAAUAUAAUUUUAUAGAUUUAAAUGCAACUGGUGAGAGACUGCUAAGAAGCCUUUUAGUGAGAUUUACUAGCUGCAAGCAUUAGGGAGUCCGAGUCGUUGAUUUAUCGAUAUUUUCUCUAUCGAUAGCUGUCCUUGAAUUCUGUCAUUAUUACUAUUGAAUGUAUUGAAGUUUAACAAAAAUAUCGUCAAUAUUAAAACCAUUGACGGGAUAAGUAGCUUGGAUUUUGAAAAUAAUAUUUACUCAAAAUCGAUAUUACUUUACUUUAAAUAAUGUACUGUUGAAACAUUCGAUACUAAUAAUAUCAUCGAUAACUUUUAGUGACACUGUCAAUAGUAUCGAUAAUACAUAUUUUGUGACAACCUGAACACGACAACCGAUUUUAAAUUCGGCGUAUCUAUUAUUAACAGUAAAAAUUAUGUCAUUUAGGACUUCCUAUUGAUUAGCUUUUAUUUCUAUUAUCUUAUUAUAGUGACACGAUUAUUGCAUAAUGCUGAUGAAGAUUUUAUAUAAUUAUAAUUGAUUUGAUCAUUUUUAUUUUUACGAUAAAUUUGUAUGGCAUGUUCUGUUUUCGGGAAAAAAAAAUAUUUUUGUAAUAGAUGACUAUGUCCGUAAAAGUCAUUCGCGUAAUACUAUUUGUCUUUGUUUGAGACUUGAUAAUAGUUAUUUUUUGACGAACAAAAUUUACUUUAGUUUUGUAUUUAAUAAUUUUUCCGGGACAUUUAAAAGAUAUUGAGGUGUUGAAGUAUCAAGAAAAUGAAUCAUGUAAGUUACCCUUCGAUAAUUUCAGUUAAUAAACAUAAUUAUUGUUGACUUCAUAAAAUAAAAUAUUUAGUUCUUUGGCAUAUCUCAUUCCUUCUGUUGAAAUCAUUUGAUGAACAUUAGUGUUGUACCACUUUUCAUUAGUUCACCUAUAUUUUUUUGUCUUUAAGCAAUUUUUUUCCACACAAAUUAAAUAUUCUUAAACAUCUCAUAUAUAGUUUUGAUCCCAAGUAAAGAAAGCGUUUCUGUUAUGGAAAUCAGAAGUAACGGCUCUAUGAAAUAAAAUCUGGAAUCUUCUGCGAUCUCGAUUUUUACCGCGUGAUUCAUAUCAUUAAUAUUCGUAUUAAGUUCGAUUAUGAACUUCUCAAAGGAAAAGAGAUUUUUGACAAAUUCCUUUAUAUAAACAUUUUGAAUACUGAUACUAGAUUUUUGUUGCUUUUAUGUUCACAGGUCAUCAGGGUUUAUUUAUUAUAAAUAUUUUAGAGACACAUUAGAUUUUCUAUAUUUUAAUUUAUAUUGCGUGAUUUUGUAAUGAUUCCAAUUAUUAAAUAUCCGUUGGUGCCUUGUAUAUUAUUUAUAUGAAAUUAUGUCACGCAUUUUUAAUAUUUAAUUGUUGUUUAGUGAUCUUUGUUUCAAUCUGAAAUGUGCAUUUAUUUUAUGAGUUUCAAUUACUGCUUGAUAUUUUUUUUUGUUUGAUGUGUUACUAACCGUAACUAGAAUAUUUGAUUGUAUUACAGAAACUUACCAGUUAUAGGGACGUAAUAUUUGGUAUCAUACAAAUACAAAAAAAUAUUGUUUUGAGUAUGGCCUAAAACUGUUUGUCACGUUCAACAUAGAGUUUUCAGCCUCAGAUUUGUAUAUAUAUAUAUAUAUAUAUAUAUAUAUAUAUAUAUAUAUAUAUAUAUAUUUAGCAUUUUUAUUAUAUACAUAAUAUACAUACAUACAUUUUAAUAUACAUUUUUAUUUAGCUAUAUAGACAAAUAAAUAUAAACAUAUAUAUAUAUAUAUGUUUAUAUUUAUUUGUCUAUAUAGCUAAAUAAAAAUGAUAUUUGACGUACAGUACAGUGAGUUCUAUUUAUAAAGUACAAGUUUUUUUGGAGAUUGGGAAAUCGGGCAUUCUAUCGUCAUUAAACAAAUAACUAAUAGUAAAAUACUUAUGUCAAUUUAAUCUGUUACCAUUCUUAUAUUUAUUAAUAGUCUUUGUCUACUUCGUUUGAUUAAAUUUUUUAAAGAAAAAUUAUUUUUAUCUUAAAGUUCCAGGGCUAGACUUUUAUUCAAACUAUUGUGAAUUGCUUUAUUCUGUUUAAAUUCAUUUGGAAAUAACAAAUUUAAUAUCAAAACAGUUCAAAGACCCUUUUUUAGGAUUAAUUGUUAUGUAUGUAUUUUUGUUUUUAUUGCGAGACUUUGUGUAAGUUGAAGCAAUUUCGAAGUAGACGACGCCCAAUUAUUAUUCGGUACACAUGUACUGAUUGUUGUAUGCCGAAUAAUGAUCAAUUCUUGAUGUUGCUCUUCAAUUUCUAGCUUAAAUAAUCACAAACAUUUGAAAUGUUGAAGGUAUUCAUUAUAAAAUAAUAUGGGUAGGAAUGUAUAUUAAGUUCCAUAAAAUAGGCGUAGCCAUAAUAUGUUUGUAAGUAACUUGGUUACCACUGUGAUAUUAAUGGUAUGCGAUUUAAGCGUCAGACAAUAUUAUGUUUUUAAAAAAUCUAUUUGGUUCCAUUACAAAUUGUACAUAGAAGGGUUUAGCUUACUAGAUCAUUGUUUUGAGGCAUUUUUGACUGCACUCAUUAGAGCUGUUCCGAUGUUGUUUGUACACAUUGUAUGUAAUGUAUGAUAAUAUAAUAUUUUCGUAUUAACGUAUGGUUUUAUUGCUUAGUUUUGUCUGUCUCGACAGUACGAGUUA